UUGAGAAUUUUUGUGGAGGUGUGGAUUUAAGAAAUCAUUUUUCGUCUUACUCUAGUUAAGAAUCGUUGCAUCGGUGGGUGGCGGUUGUGUUGGAACAACGUUGUCACGAAGUUUUGAUCCUGAACUAGGCUUGGAGAACCUGGCUGAAACUAAGCACAACGUAAUGACUAGAAACGCAAGAGCCGGUGCUAUGGACAAGCAGCUAAAGCCAAAUAAACAAACAAAGGAUCGGCUAGAGGCAAUUAUAAAGUUACCAUCUUCACAAUCGCUUAGCCGUGAGCAACGAGAUCUUGUGUGGAAAUUUCGCUACUUUCUACAAGCUGAUCAUCGAGCGCUCAACAAAUUUCUACGUUCAGUAAAUUGGGAACAACCCACUGAAGAACAACACGCCCUGGCGUUACUCAAUGAUUGGACUCCUAUAGAAGCAGAAGAUGCAUUGGAACUUUUGUCACCAGCGUUUACUCACCCAGAUAUCAGAUGCUAUGCAGUUUCAAGAUUAUUUGAUGCUGCCUCUCCUGAGCAGGUAUUGCUUUACUUGCCCCAGCUGGUGCAGGCACUCAAAUAUGAGCCGCUACCUACGACCGAUGCUGCCAUUGUUGAGCAGAUAGAGGUUUACUGUAGAUUUGCAACUCUGCAGACCGACGAUUUAAUGAAUUCUGAUCACAACUUCUUGUUCGUAAACGCUUCAUCCAGAUAUGCUACUGGUUAUCCGAAAGUCGCAAAUUUCUUAUUCUGGCACUUGAAAGUCGAGGCGGAGGCUACUCGUAAAACUGAUGAAGCUUUAUCAUCGUUUCAAAAUUUGUGUUAUUUUUUUCCUCGAAAUGUUCAAUUUGUCGAAGAUCUGAAGAAUCUGAUGAAUGAAGCAAAAAGCAAACAUAGUCGUCGCGAUCUCCGUCAGUCAGCACUUUGUACACUACUAGCGAACGCCCGACAUAUGAAAGAAUUACGCGGUCUUCAUCUACCCCUAGAUCCUAGUGUGAGGCUGGCUAGUGUAAUGCCCGACUCCGCAGUGCUUUUUAAUAGUGCUAUGAUGCCCGUUAAGCUCACAUUUCGAACGAUAACUGGUUCAGAUGCGAAUAAGGAAUACACACUUAUCUUCAAGCAGGGCGAUGACCUGAGGCAAGAUCAACUGGUCAUACAGAUGUUCCGUCUAAUGGAUAGUCUUUUCAAAAAAGAUCAACUUGAUUUGAAAUUAACUCCAUAUGCUGUACUGUCAACUGGCGUAAACGAAGGAUUUGUACAGUUUGUUAAAGCGAGGCCACUUCGUGAAAUUAUUAACACUUAUAAACGGUACAAUACAGAUAGUAUAAAGGAAGCGAUGAAAGAAGCACGUCCGGACGCUAAUGGUCCUAUGGGAAUAGAAGCUGAUGUAGUGGACAAUUAUGUACGCUCUUUGGCUGGCUACUGCGUGAUGUGUUACGUUCUUGGUGUUGGCGAUCGUCAUCUGGACAAUUUGCUAUUGUGUGAAAGCGGUCGUUUAUUUCACGUGGAUUUUGGAUUCAUACUUGGACGCGAUCCGAAACCAUUACCUCCACCGAUGAAGUUGACGAAUGAAAUGCUACAAGCAAUGGGCGGAAUUAAAAGUGAUCAUUUUCGGCAUUUUUGUAUGCAUUGUGACUCGGCUUACCGUAUACUACGCCGACAUGCUAAUGUUAUUUUAAACUUAUUCUCUCUUAUGCUAGAUGCUGGAAUUCAGAAUAUCUCAGAAGAACGGGACAAAGCUGUUUUCAAGGUCAGUGAACAACGUCUAAGGCUUGAUCUGAGUGACGAAGCGUCUUCUAUGCACAUCUUUGGAGUGAUCGAAACAAGCAUGAACUUCCUCAGCAUGAAUGUUGGCAUCGUAAUGGACGUGUUGCACGAAUUGAGGCAAAAUCUCAGCUGGUAG